UGGAGUCAAAUAUUUAGUGGUUCUCAGGAGACCUGACUCGUUAACAACCUCACUGUAACAAUUUGAAAUUCCAUGAUGCCGAACAAAAAAAAAAAAAAAGAGAAAAAAAAAACGAAGGCUCCUCAUGAAAUCCUCAAUGGUAGAACGAAGAUUCGGAAAGAAAUAAAAAUGUUGCCAAAUUAUCUCCUUUAUCCUAUUCCUCCAAGCACAAUCAGUCGUUCUUACAAUCUUCUAUCUCCCCUUUCAUUUUUCUGCUCAAUCCCCUCCUUCCGCCGGCGACGGCGCCGGCGCCCUUGCCAACGACUGCGUGAGCUAGUCGGGAAGCACAACUUGUUGGCCCUGUGUACAAGCUAUGAAGUGGGUGGAGGCUUCACAAGUGAGGGUUUUGAUGCACAAGCUGGAAGUCCUGAAACCCAAGAAAAAGGAAACCGAAAAUGGAGCACUGCCGAAUACGAAGCUCUUCUCAAAGGGGGCGAACAAGUCACUUCUGUUCUCCAGGAGAUGGUCACCCUUUUAGAAGAUAUGAAUAUGGAUGAAGCAUCUGAGAAAGUGGCUGUUGAGUUGGCUGCACAAGGAGUUAUUGGGAAGAGAGUUGAUGAGAUGGAGACAGGGUUUAUGAUGGCCCUGGAGUACAUGAUCCAAAUUGCUGAAAAGGACCAAGAUGAUAAGCGGAAAUCCCUCUUGGAGGUUAUCAAGGAGACAGUACUAUCCCAUCUCACCAAAAAAUGCCCCCCACAAGUUCAAGUGGUUGGCUUGCUUUGUAGAACUCCUCAGAAAGAGAGCAGACAUGAAUUAUUAUGCCGAGUGGCUGGUGGUGGUGGUGUAUUUAAAGGUGAGAAUGGCACCAAAGUUCAUAUUCCGGGGGCAAAUCUAAAUGAUAUAGCUAACCAGGCCGAUGACAUACUUGAGACUAUGGAAUCACGGCCUGUUGUUCCUGAUCGGAAGCUUCUUGCAAGGCUUGUUUUGAUAAGAGAGGAAGCUCGGAAUUUGAUGGGAGGUGGAAUAUUGGAUGAAAGAAAUGAUCGGGGUUUUAGUACUCUCCCAGAAUCUGAGGUGAACUUCUUAACCAAAUUGGUUGCUCUGAAACCUGGAAAGACUGUUCGGGAGAUGAUAAAGAAUGUAAUGCUGGGAAAAGAUGAAGGAGCAGACCACUCCAGCAGCGAUGGGGAAGAUGCAAGUGCCGGAAUGAUUUCAGGUGGAAUCGCAGGACGGCCAAGUGUCACUGGACGAAAGCCCCGCCCCGUGCGCCCUGGCAUGUUUCUUGAGACUGUGACCAAGGUUUUAGGUGGUAUCUAUGAUGGGAAUGUCAGUGGCAUCACAGCGCAGCAUCUUGAAUGGGUUCAUCAGAAGACACUUCAAGUUCUUCAAGAAAUAGCAUUUUAGCUUUCAUGUUGCAGGCGUUAGAUGCUUAUGGGAAACCCAAUUUUGAUGGUCUCUUGGAGUGAAAGUGGAUAGGAUGUUUGACCAAGGGAUCUUACCUCUUAUUGCAGACGAAUAGAACUUUUGGAAUCUUAUUGUAUUGAACAUAAAUAUGCCAUCCAUCAAACCAGCUAUUGGCAUAUCUCAAUGAGUGGUUUCUCACUUCCCACAGCAAAA